CAGCUAAUAACACUGUCUUGCGGAGAAGAGCUCUCCAGAGCUGCCACGUUGCAGUGAUCCGACUAUGACACCUUCUUCACUCUUCUUGCUUCUUCUUCUCUCUUUUUAAUCUCUCUGUUAUUUAAUUUUCAUCGUUCGAGAUCGCUUUUAGCUCUCUGUCUUUGAUUUUCCCGGGGGAAAAAAUGGGUGAGGAAGCUAGAGCUUUAGAUAUGGAGACAAGCGAAGAGAACACGACGAGACGAAACCAUAUCGAUCAUGACGUGAUGGUGGAUUUAUACCCACUUAGCAGCUACUACUUUGGUUCACGAGACGCUCUUCGCGUCAAGGACGAGAUUAUCUCUGAUCGAGUCAUCAGAUUGAAAUCGAACUAUGCUGCUCAUGGAUUGAGGACUUGCGUUGAAGCUGUUCUUCUGGUUGAGUUGUUUAAGCAUCCUCAUGUUUUGCUUCUUCAAUUUAGAAACUCCAUCUUUAAGCUUCCAGGUGGUCGUUUAAGACCUGGAGAAUCAGAUAUCCAAGGUCUUAAACGGAAACUAGGAUCAAAGCUUUCGAUUAAUGAAAAUGUUGUUGUUCCUGGUUUGGAGGUAGGAGAAUGCCUUGGCAUGUGGUGGAGACCCAACUUUGAGACUUUGAUGUAUCCUUUCUUGCCGCCCAAUGUGAAACAUCCAAAGGAAUGCUCAAAGCUUUUUCUUGUUAGAUUACCGGUACAUCAACAGUUUGUCGUCCCAAAAAACUUCAAACUCCUCGCUGUUCCGCUGUGCCAACUUCAUGAAAAUGAAAAGACUUAUGGGCCGAUCAUAUCGCAAAUUCCAAAGCUGCUCUCGAAAUUCUCCUUCAACAUGAUGGAAAUAUGAAUAAACCUCGUGAUCAUUGCCUCUUGUAGCUCUUCCCUCGCGAUAACAUCAUAUGUUUAGUGAAAUCUUUUGUUGAGCCUCUAUAGCUAUAUAUAUAAGAAUGUCUAUAGGUCAAUGUUGAAUAACAGCUUGUUCUUGUUGGUUAGAUGACAGUGGUGUUAAUUCAUAGAUAUAUAUUACUAUAUCCGAAACAGUUUUUUUACUUCUCUUGUGAUUAUUUGUAACUUACAAGUAUAACUGAAUUUAUACAUACUGUAUGUAAACAUAUUUCAUA